AUGACUGGAGAGCCGAAAGUUUGGCCGCCAUUCUUGUCACAGAGAAUCAUCCGCUCCUCUUCGCAGGACGAUAAUCAGGCUUGUCCAUACUUGCUUUCUCGGAAAAUCUUGGGCACAGGUUCGUACUCAGCUGUCUUUGAAUGCAAGAACACAAGCAAUGGAGCUCAUUAUGCUGCAAAGCAGUAUGCCAAGAGACUUUUUUACGGAAUGGAGUCGCUGCUUCAAUCUGAAUUCAAAAUUCUUAAGCGUGUGUCUUUUGGACACAAGAACAUACUUUCACUCAUAGACUACUUUGAAACGGAAGACCAUUUCUAUUUGGUUACGGAUUUGGCCCUCGGGGGCGACUUGUUUGAAAGAAUCACAAGCUCCUGCGAAGGCAGGCUACAGCCCAAUGAAGCACGAGAAAUAUUGCUUCUGGUGCUUUCGGCAUUGGCAUAUUUGCAUUCCAACCAGAUCAUCCACAGAGACGUCAAGGCAGAAAAUAUAUUAUUUAAAUCACGCACGGCAAAACCUCUGCAUUUACUUCUAGCCGACUUUGGACUUGCCAAAAUUGUCAAGGAUAGCGAGAACGGCUUACUAGAGCAUGGCGGAACAUUGAGUUACAUGGCUCCCGAAUGCCUUUCAGAUGCACCUUACAGCUAUCCUGUGGACAUGUGGGCUGUGGGUGUUCUUACAUACUUCAUGCUCUGUGGAUACAUGCCGUUUGACUGUGACACUGACAAGGAAACUAAACAGCUUAUUUCCACCGCUGACUUCAUCUUUGAGCCAAUAGAAUAUUGGGAGAGUAUUCCUGACCCUGCAAAAGACUUCAUUUCACAAUGCUUUGUCUUGGAUGCGGACGCAAGAAUCACAGCUGUUGAUGCCUUAUCUCACCCAUUCAUCUUGAACACCCCUCUCAAACGAUCCGCAUCCAACUUUUCAAUCUCGCAACUCCAAGCAGCCGUAUGGAGAUUACACAGUAUUCAGUCGCUUUCCUCAUCAACGAGAUUAGCUCAGCUUCUGAAUGGCGUAAGCGGCCACUCCUCACUUCUGUCGAGGCUUUCGUUGAACGAAUCCUCAUCCUCUUUAAUUGCAUCAAGUAGCAGCCAUCGCCUCUUAGGUGACAGAUGUUACUCCCCAGAGCUUGUAUCUCGUUUCUGCACCCCUCUCAUAUCAGCAAAGGUUUCUCCGGCUCAUUCACAGUCCAAUUUAAAAAUAUCCCCGGGGCCUACACUUCCUAAGUCAAAUGGUGGCUCUUCACAACUGGGACUGGCGGAGUUUUUCAUAUAG